AUGUUCCGGCUCAUGAAGUUACCAUUCCAAACUGUCAGGGCCGAAGUGACAGGCAUUAACGGAAAGGUCAAUAGAACCUUGAAGGUCUGUCACAUAAGCAUUCGGUCAUCGCAUGGACCUCCAGUCCAGAUAGAGAUAGAAGCUUUUGUUUUGUCCCAAGUUGCCGAUGAUUUGCCGUCAUAUACGAUAGCCCAAGCCACACUGGAAGGAAUGCCCAAUAUUCCUUUAGCCGACCCCUCCUUCAGAUUAAAGGCAAAGAUCGAUCUACUUCUUGGCAUUGAUGUCAUACCAGCGGUGACCCUCUCCGGUAUCCAGACCGAAGUUUGCGGAUCUUUAAUGGCCCAAGAGAUGAGAUUCGGUUGGGUCAUUUCAGGCCCGUUGCAAGGGGUCCCCGUUAGUUCGUGUGCCGCGUUCACCACGAGGGUCGCUGUUAGCAGAGAGGAGGCACUUGAAACUCUUCUCACAAGGUUUUGGGAGGUGGAGGAUCUACCGGGCAAACCGGUAGAAGAUUCUGAUUCUGUUUGCGAGGUUAAUUUCCAGAAGACUACAAGAAGCGAUGUUUUGGGGAGAUAUACGGUCUCACUUCCGUUUCGAGAUCCAACCAACAUCAACCUUGGUCAUUCCAGACCAGGGGCAUUGGCUCAGUUCCUAAAAAAACGGAAGCCGUCUUCUAAAAAACAAUCUGGCAAAAACUGA